GGUAAUGCUCUAUUCCUGAUCAUUAUUUUGGGAAUGGGAGGAUCCUUUCAAAAUGGCUACCACAUAACUGGGAUGAGUUCUCCCUCACCGUUCAUCCAGCGCUUCAUCAACAGCAGUUGGUAUGACAGAUAUGAAGAGCCUCCCUCUCAACAGUUGAUCACAAUGAUCUGGUCCCUUAUUGUUUCCAUGUAUACUGUUGGGGGACUCUUUGGAAGUGUCAGUGUCCAGACGAUUUCCAACAAGCUGGGAAGAAAAAAGUCGAUGAUGUGCAGCAGCUUUGUGUCCGUUGUUGCAGCGGUGAUCAUGCUGACAAGUAAACGUGCAAGAUCAUAUGAAAUGAUUAUUGUGGCAAGGAUCCUGUUUGGCUUCUCCACAGGUUUGGGAUCUAACAUCCAAUUAACAUACUUGGGAGAAAUUUCACCCAAAAAGAUAAGGGGGAUAGUGUCUCAGACCGCAGUGAUGGCCAUGUCACUUGGCAAACUGUCUGGACAGCUUUUUGGACUAAGUGAGAUCCUUGGUCGCGAGGAGCUGUGGAACAUUGACCUCAUUGUCCCGACAGUUUUCUCAAUAGUUAAUAUUAUAGCAAUUCCCUUUUUCCCUGAUGCUCCCAGAUUCUUAUUCAUUGAGAAAGGUGAUGAUAAGGCUUGCAAAAAAGCUCUCCAAAGUCUGUGGGGCCCAGGUGAUUACAAACAGGAGAUGGACGAGAUGUUGGAAGAGCAGGUGGCCAUUGAGGCAGCCCCACCAAAAAGUGCUCUGCAGCUGCUGAGGGACAGGACUGUGCGAUGGCAGCUUUUCACUAUCUCCUUCGUCUUCGCAUGCAGCCAGCUGUCGGGCUCAUCUGUGAUCAGUACCUUCUCAUUUGACAUCUUCCUGCAAGCAGGUGUACCGGUAGACAAGAUCCGCUAUGUUACUCUUGGUCUUGGAGUAACUGAAAUCCUGACGUGCAUCUGCUGCGGGCUGCUGAUUGAGCGCACAGGGAGGAAGCCGUUACUCUGUGGGGGGUUUGCUGUCAUGUCGUCCUGCAUGGUGUUGAUUACUGUCAUGCUCAAUUUGAAGGAUUCCAGCUAUUGGGUCCCAUACGUCACUAGUGGUUUGAUCAUCCUCUUCAUCAUCUUCUUAGCUGGAGGGCCUGCGGGAGUUGCAGCUUCUCUCCUCACGGAGACCUUCAUCCAGUCUGAUCGGAUGGCGUCCUUUGUCCUCAUGGGGUUCCAACGCUGGUUCUGUCUUGGUGUAGUGGGCCUGGUCUUUCCAUUCCUUGUUAAUGCCCUGGACUCUUACUGCUUUGUACUGUUUGCCUGUAUGGGCCUGCUGGGUUUUCUUUACUCCUUCUUCAUCGUGCCUGAGACUAAAGGAAAAAGCCUGCUGGAGAUCUCCAAGGAGUAUAGAGCUAUCACCGUCUGUGGGAAAUCCUUCUCAAAGGAAAACAAAUUGGAGACCAAAUUAUGAGGCAGUUGUGUUUGUAACUGAAAGGAGAAUGAAUGACCUCAUUUGAGCAAAAGGACUAUAUUUAUGGCUCAAGCAUUUACCAGUGCUUGAUAUUUUAUGGUUGUCAUGCUCAGGUGUGUCAAAAUGGCUUGUUAGCGCACCCUAAAAAGAGUUUAACACAGUACCCCCCGUGGUUCAUUUCAGAUGUAUGAAAUUUGGAGACACAUGUAACAUCUUAAAAAAAGCUGCAUGGGGCCAUACCCUGAACCUGACAGUAGGUCAGCUAUCUUUAAU